AUGGCCCUCGCUAUCCCGUCAUCCAGUCACUCGAAUCCCUACCUCUGUAGUUCUGGUAAUCUGGUGACGGAUCCCCUGUCAUCGUCAGUGCCCAUGAUUUCGGUCAUGUCUUACCAAUACCCACCUCUGCCUCCUCUCAGUAAUGAGAUGGACAUGGCACAUUCAGGCUACGUGCCAUCCUACACUGUCCCUUCACAACAGCAGCUCUCUUCCUUGGGUAUGGCCAAUGUCCAUGAUGCACCAUUGCCCAGCCAAGACCACAACAUGGGCAUCAAGGGGCCGUUUUCAACGUCAAGCGCUACGCCUUUACACCCGCCGGAAACAGAAGCUCAGCAGCAACAGAUGGGUACCUCGGGAGAAAAGAAGAGAAACAAGCUUGGAUAUCAUCGCACCUCGGUAGCUUGUGGCCAUUGUCGACGUCGAAAGAUCAGAUGUAUCCCAUCCCCAUCUGAUGUCCAAGGUCGAUGCAUAAACUGCAUCCGUUUGAAGAAGGAAUGCAGCUUCUAUCCGGUAGACCAGCCACCACCGGACGACUCACGAGCGAAGCAAACCUCUCGAUCUUCGGCCGGCCCUAAGGGAUCAUCUGCCUCAUCAUCACCAGCAGCGUCUACUAGCAACCCAACGGAGCGACCUAAACCAUCGAAGCAACCUUUCAGCCCAUCAACAGCACAAGUGACGCCCGUCACAGCUCCAACAGUUACGGAAGCUCCCGGAAAUGAGGGCUUCCCACCUGAAAUGAGAGUGUCCUUACCAUCGUCGACAAAUCUUCCUGCCUUUGAGAUGGGUAACCAAAGUGUACCUACCUGGGUGCCAGCAGACUCAUCCCAGAGCCCAACAUCGAAAACAGCAGAACCCAACCCGACUUGGCGAUCUUACCCAGCAGAAUCGCCCAUGAGUGCCCAGUUCUCCCCAUUCUCUGUGUCUCCAGCGUCGGCUGGUUGGGCAUCUGGAAGUUCAGAACCCCCCUCUCGCGAAGACAUGGCCUGGGCUCAUUACGCGCCCCCAGUACGAUCCAUGUCCUAUGGUGGCGAGCCCAUGCCUGGCCAUCAUACACCUCAGUAUCAUCUGAUGGCCCCUAGCCGACAAUACGAGCGGAGAUCUUCUACGUUAUCCGAUGUCUACACUCCCGCGAUGGAUGGCAUGGUUCCGGGAUUCGAAGCAGGCACCACAACGAGUAUGGAUACGGCUGUUCCUCUCUCGGCCGGAGCAGUGCCCCCGACCGGCUUUGAGACUUGGGAGCAAUCACAAACACAAGCCAACUACACCUUCCCACGGAGUUCAGAGGCCUACGGCGCCUGGAUGUACGGGGAGAGGGGACGAGGCGCCCAACUACAGGCGGUUGACGCCAGCCAUCAACUCACCAAUAAUGGGGUCACAGCUGGCAUUUACCAGAACCGAUAA